UUGGAUCGCGGCGCGUGCGCCUCGCGCUGCUUUUGACGCUUGAGGCCGGCGCACGGAAGCGAAAAUCGAGCGACGCUGGCGCAUUCCACGCCAAAUUCCAGUUUAGGCCUCAUCGUGAUCAUGGAUCGUGUUAUAAAAUAAUUUGGCCGCAGUGUGCCAGCAAUCAUUCGUUAUCGAGCCACUCGAGCGGUCACAUCGUCUGUGUUUCAACGCCUCAUAAACUCAUAAUUAAAAUGGAAAAUCGUUGUGUGUUGCUGAAGUUAUCGGUCUUGGCUGUGCUGGUGUUGUGUUUUAUUUGCGUCCAGGAAACAAAUGCUGGAAGUAGCCAACAGAAGAAGAAGAAGAUUGUCAUCCAUGUUCCAAUACAUAAAAAGAUCGAGAAACAUGUGCAUACAGUGAUAAAGCAUGUGCAUCAUCAUCACAAGCCGAUUGUUCUAAAGGAGGAGAAGAAAAUUAUACAUGAAGAGCAUCAUCCCAUCCAAAUCCAUCAGACUAAGGAACACAUUCAUCACCACGAGAAGCAUGAGCAUUCCUCCCACCACGAUCAUCACGAUCAUCAUGAUCAUCACGAUCAUCAUGAUCAUCACGAGCAUCAGCACCAUCAGCACCAUCACCCCAUUGAGCAUGUACCCAUCAUACAGGAAGAGGAGCACAUCCAUCAUCAUCAUAACUAUGAGCACAAGGAUGACUUUGUUGGCAGCGAUGUGGAUGCCAGCAGCAGUGAAGAGCGCUAAUUAUAUAGUUAGUUAUAGCCUGCACUGAGUGCUGUAACCCACAACGAGGACGUAGACUGAAAAGCAAAAACCAAAUAGCAACCUAAUCAAAACGUAACUCGAAAAGUUCUGUGGGUAAUGGUGAUGUUAACUUUGUGAUGUAUCGCGUAGAAUAAAGUUUUUUUUUAUUUUUUUUUUUAAAUCAUAGUAUCGUAGCUUAAGAA